CGUAUGGCCAUUUCUGCCACCGCACAGCUGUUUUAAAACCAGAAAGAAAUAGUGAAAAGGGAAUAAUUACAUAAAAAAAAACACACUGACCGGCAUUUCUAGGACGAUUUUCUACAUUUUCGGCCGCAAAUAGAUCCCUUGGAUAAUAACUGGGGCUCGGAAUUGCCGUAACCAAAGCAUGAGUGGUUACCAAUAUCUGGAUGUGAAGCUGAAACUCCGUGAUCCAGAUUCUGUGACAUUAACACCUGUUUUCUUGUUGGGCUGCGUCUGCAACUCCUUAACGAGCAUUUUUGGCGAAAUCGGUGGUCAAACUCCGCUGGAAAUUGUGAAAUUCAGUUCCGGUCAAAAACGAUAUAUUUUCCGUGUAACCGAGGACUUUCUGGAACGUGUCCGGAUAGCUAUAUCCCUAAUAGGUUACUACCAGGAGGUGCCCUGCCACUUCCAGGUGCUCAACACAUCCCGGAAGGCUUUAGAUUUUGAGGACUCUGAAGAGGAAUUCAUAGCAUUUAACUAG